AUGUUUUACAGGCCCCCUCACCGAUCAUCAGCAGAAAAACACGACUUUUUUGUGUCCUUCCAGUCCACCAUUGCCAACGCACUGUCAGCCUCAGGCACGACAGUCAUUCUCGGUGAUUUCAAUGCCAAACUCCGACAGUGGAACGCAACAGAUGUUGAUACGGCAGAGGGCAAACAGCUAGCAGGAUUGUUAGACGACCUUGCACUACAGCAAAUUGUCCGAAACACCGCAACGCGAUACUCAGCUACGGGUAGCCAGUCAUCACUUCUCGACCUGGUUAUCACAGACGCAGAGCAUCGUAUAUCCGACCUUGAAGUCCUAGAUCCGCUAUCAGACCACUGUCCCAUAAUCUUUAAGUAUCUCUCAGGAAAGCACACCCCAAAGCACCCGCCGCCCCGCUUUGUACCAGACUACGCGAACACUGACUUUCAAUCUCUACGACAGAAACUUUCAUCUCUUCCACUGCGGGAGUGUAUGCUCGGUGCUUCCACCAUCGAGAGUGCGUGGUGGGCAUGGGAGUCAUGCAUCACACAAGCCAUUGCCAGCUGCUUAGCGUACAGACGAGUUUCAUCUCGAAGACAGCAAACCAAGCCUUGGUUCACCCCGCAUCUGCAUCACCUUCAUCGCCAGAAGCAGCGCCUUUUCCGUGCCGCCAAGCGCCACCAAACAGUAGCAUACUGGUUAACCUACAAGGCCCAGAGGAAUGCAUAUCAGAACCAGUUAAGAAAUGCCAAGACCCUGUACUUCAAGCGCCUCAGUGAGAAUAUUCACGAUGAGCAAGAUGCCCACCUUUGGUGGAAGAAAGCCAAGACACUUGCCAACAUCUCCUGUAAGAAAGAUAAAGUUCCUGACCUAACGUGUGAGGGCUACACGGCACAGAGCGAACCAGAGAAAGCAGAAAUGCUCGCGAAGGUAUUUGAGCGCCAGUGCACUCCUGCUCACGGUACAGGUCCAAUACCAGCACCAGCCGACGACUGUCCGAAUGAAUUAUUCUCUCUGCCAGUCUUGGCCGAAUCCUCAGUGUACCGGGUGCUCCGAAGGCUCCCGCAGCAUAAGGCAACAGGCGGGAACAUCUCGAACAGGAUCCUCCGAGAGAUCGCACCAUGUAUAACGUCCUCUGUUACCAACCUGUUUAACGCUAGCCUCACCUUAGGUGAGUUUCCUAGUGCCUGGAAGCUGGGAACAGUAAUCCCCAUUGUUUAG